AUGGACGUCAGAGUACCAAUUUGUCCCAUAUGUGACAAGCCUGUACCUGUCAAACGAGGAGAUGAUCCAAAUGUUCGAAUGAAUGCACAUAUACAAAGUAAUUGCUCUGAUUUGGAACCUAAAAAUGAUAAUACAUGUCGGAAAAAAGGCUGCACAGCUAAAAUGUUAGUACCAAUACACUGUCCUGAAUGUGGGCUUUCCUUCUGUGUUAAACAUCGCUUAGCAAUAGACCAUCAAUGCACAGGGAAACCAUCAAAGCCUAGUACGAAAAAAUCAGCAAAACUACAUCUGUUCAAUGUCAAUAGCAGCAACAGUUCUGCAAAUCAACAACAAUUCUCGAGGGCAGAGAUGGAAAGACAGAGAAGAGAACGGUUCAACGCAGCGAAUGCACGAAAACAAGAGAUAGCGAACUUACAGGCUAAAAUGAAGCAAGGAAUAAUUACAGACGAUGAACAAUUACGACUAGCGAAACUUCUCUCUACAACUGACAAAAACGGGAAGUGUAUCGUUUGCUAA